GCUCUGAAAGUCUUUGAUUCAAAGGCUCCCUGGGGAUUUCAAAGCACUGUUUGUUCCCUGCUGCCUGGGGGUGGUGGUGGUGCAGGUGUCUGUCCUGCUCCCUUCCCCCCCCCCACCUCUUUCUCCCUCUCCUUAGAUCCGGCGCAGGAGACCAACCCCUGCCAUGCUGUUCCGGCUCUCAGAGCACUCCUCGCCAGAGGAGGAGGCCUCCCCUCACCAGAGAGCCUCAGGAGAGGGGCACCACCUCAAGUCGAAGAGACCCAACCCAUGUGCCUACACACCCCCCUCGCUGAAAGCCGUGCAGCGCAUUGCCGAGUCUCACCUGCAGUCCAUCAGCAACCUGAACGAGAACCAGGCCUCGGAGGAAGAGGAUGAGCUGGGGGAGCUGAGGGAGCUGGGCUACCCGAGAGAGGAAGAUGAGGAGGAGGAGGACGACGAUGACGAAGAGGAGGAGGAGGAGGAGGACAGCCAGGCUGAAGUCCUGAAGGGCUGCAGGGGCCCUGCUGGGCAGAAGACAGCUUGUGGCCAGGGUCUGGAAGGACCCUGGGAGCGCCCACCCCCUCUGGAUGAGCCCCAGAGAGAUGGAAGCUCCAAGGAACAGGUGGAAGACCCGGCACUAAACGAGCCUGGAGAGGAGCCACAGCGCCCCGCCCACCCCGAGCCUGGCACAUAGGCACCCGGCCGGGCAUCGCUCAGAAGGAAGUGGAGGGGGCAAUGCUGUUCCCCAGAAACCCACUCUGUCCCCACCCUAUUUGUACCCUUCCCCCUCACUCGCUAGGGCUGUGGCUUCUGACUUCUAGAAGACUUAAGGCUGGUCUGUGUUUGCUUGUUUGCCCACCCUUGGCUGAUGCCCAGAGUCCCUGGGCACUUGCUGCCUGAUGCCUAACCCUGCCAGUCAUUCCCCCAUUUACCCAGAGGGAGGCGGGAUGUGAGAGAGUUUGCAUUGGAUAAUCCAGUAAGGGGGGGGCAAAGGUUUAUACUCCACAAUUCUACUUCCCAGACCCUUCUCCUGGGCACAGGAAACCCACAGGGCAGGACCCUAAGAUCUGGGGAAAGAGGGUACUGAGAACCUGUAGGUGCCCUUAGAUCCUUCUCCAUCCCCUCUCCUAUGGGGGAUUUCAAGUUACCACCCCUCUCUCUGGCUUCUACCAGGGCCCAGGAUUCAGGCAUCCUUCUCCUCAACCUCGACAUUUUGGAAAUCUUCCCCUUAUCACCCCUGCUCCCCAGCCUGGGUGCCUGGAAGAUGGACUAGCAGAGGCUGCUUUGUUGCGUUUUGUUUGUGCUUUGAUGCCAGGAAUGCCGCCUAGUAUAUGUCCUUAGGGGGGCGCACGGUGGGGAAGCCAGGUUCUCCUUGUCCUCCAGCUGCUCUGCCCCCUUCCGCUCUUCCCUGACUCCAGGCCUGAACCACUCCUGUGCCGUAAUAAAUAAAUCUUUGUAAA